AUAAUGAAAAACUAACUCAUAAUGAAAUUUACUAAGUGGAAUUUUACUAUGUCAGUUCUUGGAAUUGUAAUUUAUGUAGCUGAUAUUGCAGCAGAUAUCUGGGUCACUAGUAACUAUUUCUGUGAGGGACAAUAUUCUUUGGGUAUCUUGACACUGGUUUUUAGGUUGCUGUCAUCAAUAAUAGUACAGAUAUUUAGUUAUGAAUGGUUUAAAGACGACUGUGGAAGCCCUGAUCCUGGGAAGCUGAACUGGAUUUUUCUACUUCAUUUCUUGCAUGGUGGAAUUUUUACAAGGUAUUGGUUUGCACUGAAAGAUGGCUACCAGGCUGCUUUUAAACAAAACAGCUCAGGAGAUCAACUUACUGGGGGCCCUGCCAGUAUCAUUCAUAAAUGCGCCAUUGAUGCAGUGACUGAUAUUAGUAUGCUCAGGGUAUUUAAGAGUUUCCUGGAGACCACACCCCAGCUCAUUCUUCAGAUUUACAUCCUGAUGGAGCAUGACAAGGCUGCUUUCAGUCAGUAUGCUUCCAUCAUCACAUCUUUCUGCAGCAUUUCCUGGUCAACUCUUGACUAUCAGAUAUCAUUACGAAAAUCUCUACCUGAUAAUAAUCAAUUUUCUGGGGUGCCUCCUAAGUUAAUCUACCUCUUGUAUAAACUGUUCACACUGACUUCUUGGAUACUGAGUAUUGCACUGGUCACCCUAUUAAAUAUCAUAAGUAGUAUAGUUCUGCUAAUAUUUCUUUGGACCUUGGGCUUCAGCUGGACUUUGAAGCAACACACUACGUUUUGCAAAUCUAAGAGGAUGGAAUUUUUAUUCAGGACUGUUGUUGGGAUCAUUCUUAUUUUUACAUUUUUUAAUGUCAAGGGGGAAAAAACAAAAAAGUAUAUUUCUAGUUAUUAUGCCACUCAUGUGGUUGUAACUUUAGGCAUAAUGUGUGUGUGUUUGUUCUGGAAGACUUCAGUUACUGAGCAAUUAUAUUUUACAUUUGUGAGCAUCACAAUUGUUCUCACUCUGGGGUUAGGUAUUAUUUGUCUUAUUGUUUAUUAUAAGUUUUUUCAUCCCACUAUUUAUUUCAAACAAGAGAGUGCUUCAGAUAAAGUUGAUGGACUAGCAAGAGAAAGAGAAGAAGAAAUCAGUAGAAUAAGAAAUUUCAUAAUGCCAUGA